UCCAGAUUCCCGAUGGUGUCCAUGACUUUCAAGCGAAGCCGCAGCGACCGGUUCUACAGCACCCGGUGCUGCGGCUGUUGCCAUGUCCGCACUGGAACGAUCAUCUUGGGGACCUGGUAUAUGGUUGUAAACCUAUUGAUGGCAAUUUUGCUGACUGUAGAAGUGACUCAUCCAAACUCAAUGCCAGCUGUUAACAUUCAAUAUGAAGUCAUUGGCAAUUACUAUUCAUCUGAGAGGAUGGCUGAUAAUGCCUGUGUUCUUUUUGCCGUCUCUGUCCUUAUGUUUAUAAUCAGUUCAAUGCUGGUGUAUGGAGCAAUUUCUUACCAAGUGGGAUGGCUGAUUCCGUUCUUCUGUUACCGCCUUUUUGACUUUGUUCUCAGUUGUCUGGUUGCCAUUAGUUCUCUCACUUACCUGCCAAGGAUCAAAGAAUAUCUGGAUCAGUUACCUGAUUUUCCCUACAAAGAUGACCUCCUUGCAUUAGACUCCAGCUGCCUCCUGUUCAUUGUUCUUGUGUUCUUUGCCUUAUUUAUCAUCUUUAAGGCUUAUCUAAUAAACUGUGUUUGGAACUGCUAUAAAUACAUCAACAACAGAAAUUUGCCAGAGAUUGCUGUGUACCCUGCCUUUGAAACACCUCCACAGUACGUUUUGCCCACCUAUGAAAUGGCAGUGAAAAUGCCUGAGAAAGAACCACCGCCUCCUUACAUACCUGCCUGAAAUUCUGCCUUUGUCAAUAAAACCUGUUCGGGCUUUGUGUCAUGUUUAUUUCCAGACUGCUGCAUUGCAGGACUCUUCAACUUCUAUGAUAUAAAAUACAUUUUUAUUUGUUUAAGCAUUUGUUCUCAAAACACUAAGGAGCUUUUUGAACAUCCAUUAAGAGUAACUUUUUUUGUUAUUGUUAAAUCUAUACAUUUAAGUAGUUUUUGGAGACAAUCUAGGUCAAGCAAGAGCAAAAUACCAUUAUUUGCCUUUACUUGGGGGUAAGGAGACGGAAGGGAGUAUCCUCCACAUAUUCCUAUUAUGACUUUGCACUUUCUUUGUAUAAUAGUUUGCAUUUUGGUUAUUAGCAUCCCUGGAUACGUUUCAGGAAGAAUGAAUGAAAUAUUCAGGGUGAAUGAGUUGGAUACAAGACCUGAAGUUUUUAGUAUGGAAGCAGGACAAGUACGUAACACUUGACUACGGAAUUUGAGGGUUGCAUGUUUCUAAUUUGUAUGUAUUUUCAUCUUUGUUAUAAGAUGCUUUAAUAAAUCUCUUAAAAUAUUUA